AUAGGACUCGAUUGGUUUGAGGCCUUGGGAAUACAAGUUACAGGGCUCAAUAGUUUGCAAACAGUAGGUCUACAAGAAGUCUGCAAAGAAUUUGAAGAUGUUUUCAGCCCACAGCUGGGUACAUAUAAAGGGCCCCCAGUUUCCUUAAAAUUGGACCCCACUGUCACUCCUAUCAGAGUAAAAGCAAGGAGAGUACCUUUCGCUUUAAAAGGGAAAAUUGAUGCUGAAUUGGACAAAUUGAUUCAGCAAGGAGUCUUAGAACCUGUUGACUCCAGUCCUUGGGAAACUCCCAUAGUCACGCCUCUUAAGGCUAAUGGGGACAUUCACAUCUGUGCAGAUUACAAAUGCACUCUAAAUAAGGCAUUGCAACAACAUGCCUAUCCUGUACCUGUAGUCAGCCAUAUUCUGGCCUCCCUCAAGGGGGGGCCUGCUGCUGUAGCACAAACCAUUGUAACACACAGGGGGGCAUUCAAAGUCAAAAGGCUACAGUUUGGAGUAAAUGUGGCUCCUGGAAUUUUCCAAAGCGUAAUGGAAAAUACAUUAAGGGGUAUUCCAGGGGUUUGCCCCUAUUUUGAUGAUGUCUUAAUUGCUGGAGAUUCCACUCAAAAUUUAGCUGAGAGAUUGAGUGACCAUAAGCCUUUGUUGGGGUUGUUUACCACAAACAAACAAACUCCCCAUAUCAUCUCCCCCAGGAUGCUGAGAUGGUCAAUCUUUCUGUCAGCCUAUGACUUUUCUUUAAUUCACAGACCUGGCAAAGAAAUGGGCCAUGCUGAUGGCCUCAGUAGAUUACCCUUGCAAGUAGUAGAGGCUGAUCCUGCCCCUGCCAUCAACAUCCUUUCCAUUCAGGCGCUGCCUGAGUCACCUUUAAAUACCAGGGAUGUGGCUGCUGAAUCAGCCACAGAUCUCUCACUCUCUCGUGUCUUAUCCUGGGUUUUGUCUGGAUGGCCAGAGAGUUGUCCAGGCACUGAGUUUCAGAGUUUCUGGCUUAAGAGGAACGAGUUAUCCACUUUUCAGGGUUGUCUGCUGUGGGGCAGCAGAGUUGUCAUUCCUACCUCAAUGAGGUCUAGGGUCUUAGGCUCCCUUCAUAAGGGUCAUCCUGGCAUUGUACGAAUGAAGGUGCUUGUGCGCAGCCAUUUGUGGUGGCCUGGGUUAGACAAGGAAAUUGAGGCUAAGGUGCCCGCAUGGCACCUUUGUCAACGUUCUCGCCCAGAAAUCCCCCAGGCUCCUGUGCAUAGAUGGGAGGAAACACAGUCUCCAUGGUCUAGGGUGCACAUCGAUUACGCUGGGCCCUUUCAGGGUCAAUUCUUCUUGGUCCUGGUUGAUAGCUAUUCAAAAUGGCUUGAGGUUGUACCUGUCUCUUCCACCACCACUGCAAAGACCAUUCAAGUACUGAGGGGGAUUUUUGCUGCACAUGGGCUUCUGGAUGUUUUGGUGUCUGACAAUGGCCCUCAAUUCACUUCUUCCGAAUUCCAAGCUUUCUUACAGGCCAACAUGAUUCGUCAUGCCACCUCUGCGCCUUUCCAUCCUUCCACCAACGGUAUGGCUGAACGGAUGGUCCGUAUCACCAAGGAUGCUUUAAAGAAACUGAGCAAACUGACUACUAAACUUGACCGGUUGCAU